CUCCGGCUGCAAAGGAAUGCUUUGCAAGCCUCCAGGGCUCCCCAGGAGGAGCAGCAUGGCCUCAGGCAUGGCCAUCACCUUAGCCCUUGCCAUCUUUGCCUUGGGUGUCAAUGCACAGAUGCCAAUACCCGUUUCCAGAGCCAGAAGUAAUGGAUGGAGUCUCUUUUUAGGCUUUGGGUUUCUCCUGCCUCUUUUUUCUUUAUUCAUCGCUGAACAACUCUCCUUCUGAGAUCCCAUGGCUCUAGAAUGAUUCUACUAAAAAGCAAAGAAUUGUGUCUGCAAAAGUCUCCUCUGCUGGAGAAGAACAAGAACAACACUAUCCCAUACCGAUAGACUGCAGAAUGAGCCCAUGGAGCAAUUGGUCAGAGUGUGAUCCUUGCCUCAAACAAAGGUUUCGCUCAAGAAGCAUUUUAGCCUUCGGACAGUUUAAUGGGAAAAGCUGUGUUGAUGUUUUGGGAGACAGACAAGGCUGUGAACCCACCCAGGAGUGUGAAGAGAUACAGGAAAACUGUGGAAAUGACUUUCAGUGUGAGACAGGCAGGUGCAUAAAGAGGAGACUUCUGUGUAAUGGUGACAACGACUGUGGAGAUUAUUCUGAUGAGAAUGACUGUGACGAUGACCCACGCACCCCAUGCCGUGACCGAGUAGCGGAAGAAUCAGAGCUGGGACUAACAGCAGGCUAUGGGAUCAACAUCUUAGGGAUGGAGCCCCUGAGAACACCUUUUGACAAUGAGUUCUACAACGGACUCUGUGACCGGGUACGAGACGAAAAGACAUACUAUCGCAAACCUUGGAAUGUAGUUUCUCUGAUCUAUGAAACCAAGGCUGAUAAAAGUUUCAGAACUGAGAACUAUGACGAACACUUGGAAGUAUUCAAAGCCAUCAACCGAGAGAAGACCUCGAAUUUUAAUGCAGAUUUUGCCCUAAAAUUUUCAGCCACCGAAGUACCUGAAAAGGGAGCUGGGGAAGUCUCCCCAGCAGAACACUCUUCAAAACCUACAAACAUUUCAGCUAAAUUUAAAUUUUCAUAUUUCAUGGGAAAAAAUUUUCGAAGACUAUCAUCUUAUUUUUCGCAGUCGAAAAAGAUGUUUGUGCACUUGAGAGGAGUGGUCCAACUGGGGAGAUUUGUAAUGAGGAAUCGGGAUGUUGUGCUGAGGUCAACUUUCCUGGAUGAUGUAAAAGCUCUACCAACUUCCUAUGAAAAGGGAGAAUAUUUUGGAUUUUUGGAAACCUAUGGGACUCACUACAGUACCUCUGGGUCCCUGGGAGGACAAUAUGAAAUUGUCUAUGUCUUGGAUAAAGCUUCCAUGAAAGAGAAAGGUGUUGACCUGAAUGAUGUAAAACAUUGUCUUGGAUUUAAUAUGGAUUUACGUAUUCCUCUACAAGACGACUUAAAGGAUGCAUCAGUCACAGCAAGUGUUAAUGCGGAUGGUUGCAUAAAGACAGAUAAUGGGAAAACUGUAAACAUCACCCGCGAUAACAUCAUAGAUGAUGUCAUUUCAUUCAUAAGAGGAGGGACUAGGGAGCAAGCAAUUCUCCUGAAAGAGAAGAUUCUCAGAGGAGACAAGACAUUUGAUAAGACUGACUUCGCCAACUGGGCCUCGUCCCUGGCAAACGCUCCAGCUCUCAUCAGUCAAAGAAUGUCCCCUAUAUAUAAUCUCAUUCCUUUGAAAAUAAAAGAUGCAUACAUAAAGAAGCAAAAUUUGGAAAAGGCUGUUGAAGACUAUAUAGAUGAAUUCAGUACUAAAAGGUGCUACCCAUGUCUAAAUGGAGGUACUAUAAUUCUUCUGGAUGGGCAGUGCCUGUGCUCCUGCCCAAUGAUGUUUAGGGGAAUGGCCUGCGAAAUCCAUCAAAAAAUAUAGCCUUCAGGAAACAAAGCAAACCCUGGUUCACAUGGAAGGGGGAAAAAAAAAGGACAAAAAAAAAAAAUCCCAGGACUUUCCAACUUAGCAUCUUACCCUGGAGCUAAUCCGCACUGCCAAGUGGAAAGCAGCUUGUUUCAUGGAAAUCCUACCAACCUCUGAUGCUGUCUGUUUUAAUCUACAGUGCCUUUCUCCCCUCUUUAAUGCCUAUAAUGCUUCCAUUUUUUCAUUCCCUAAUGAAGAGUCAGCAGUGAGAUAUGCCCGGGCUGCCUUUUCCCACAGGCAAUGCCAAUCUCCCGCUAAUAAAACAAAAUUAAAUUAAAAACAGAAUGUUGUGCUAAAAGGCUUCAAGUCACCGCCAAGCUGCAUUGUAGGAUUAAUAUAUUCCACCCGUCCCAUUA